CCGGCCAGUGCAAGGAGUGUUUGACUUGCUCAGAUUUAAUGUUGUGAAAUUACUGUCUGUUUUUAGCUUCUCAUUUGCUGAACCAAGAAUCUUGCACGAAUCCGGACCCUUUUCAGGCAUUUUCUUGUUUCAUUAAUAAUUGUAGCAUUGAUGUCUAAUAAAAAAAAUCUGCAGGUGAGCUGAAGGAUUGAUUUCAAGGUUGGAGGUGAAGCAUGUAGGUGUCUUUUGUGACCUUGGGUCUUUUCAGAGACUGAAGUUGGAUUCCAGCUGGGACACAUGGCCCAGACUGACAAGGCCAUCUGCUACAGCGCCAGGCUGGGAGAGGGAGGGAGGAAAGGGGUAAAGAAAGGGAGGGCAGGGGAUACAGAAUUCCUCCCACUGGGGUGUGGAGGGAGUAGAUAUUCUGGGAGAUCAUUGCCAGCACCUUGGAGUGGAACUUAUACAUUCAGUGUCUUCAAACGUCAUUGGAGUAGUCUAAAGCUUCUAUGGUGGCCCGUUGAGAAGAUCCAGGUCUGGUCUUCAAACUGAGCAGCACAGAUGACAUUGUUUCGGUUCUCUCAAGUUUUGCUGGUGGUGAUGAGCAAUCUUGGCUUUGGGGCUCUUGUAUGCAGUGGAUCCAGUUCCUUCCUCUUGCCUCUGCACCCGAAGCUGAGCACGGUGGAAUAAAGAGGCUGGCGGGUGCAGAGGCCUGGCGUGGGUUGUUUAUCUUUUAUCUGCUCCUACGUCCAAACAGCGACGGAGAGGGAUUGUAUGCUUUUUUUUUUCUGAAGACCAAAGAGCCAGGUAAAGGAAUAUUUUUAUGAGGCACAUGUUCAUAAAGAUGGGCCAGGACCAAACAAAGCAGCAGAUAGAGAAAGGGCUCAAGCUUUACCAGUCAAAUGAGACAGAGAAAGCUCUACACGUCUGGAUGAAGGUUCUGGAGAAGACCACUGAUCCCGGGGGCAAGUUCAGGGCUUUAGGCUGUCUGAUAACAGCACAUUCAGAGAUGGGGAAAUACAAAGAGAUGCUAAAGUAUGCCCUAGCUCAGAUCGACACAGCACGAGAGAUGGAGGACCCAGACUACCUAACUGAAGGCUACCUGAACCUGGCCCGCAGCAACGAAAAGCUUUGUGACUUUCAAAAGACCAUUUCAUACUGCAAGACCUGUUUAAACAUGCAAGGCACCACUGUGAGCCUGCAGCUUAACGGCCAAGUGUGUUUGAGCAUGGGCAAUGCCUUCCUGGGACUCAGUGUCUUUCAGAAAGCCUUGGAGAGUUACGAGAAGGCCCUGCGGUACGCCCACAAUAACGAUGACAAAAUGCUGGAGUGCAGGGUGUGCUGCAGCCUGGGCAGCUUCUACAUUCAGUUAAAGGAUUAUGAGAAGGCCCUGUUUUUUCCAUGCAAAGCAGCUGAGCUUGUCAAUGACUAUGGGAAAGGCUGGAGUCUCAAGUACCGUGCCAUGAGCCAGUACCACAUGUCAGUGGCCUACAGGAAGUUGGAGCGCCUGCCAGAUGCCAUGGAAUGCUGUGAGGAAUCAAUGAAGAUAGCUCUGCAGCAUGGAGAUCGUCCUCUUCAAGCCAUGUGUCUCCUGAAUUUUGCAGAUAUUCAUCGCUGCCGCAAUGAUGUUGAUAAAGCAUUCCCUCGCUAUGAGUCUUCAAUGUGUAUAAUGACAGAGACUGGCAACCGCCUUGGACAAGCAGCCAUCCACUUAGGAGUGGGGAAGUGUUGGUUACUGCAGAAGGAGCUUGAUAAGGCACUGGAUUCUUUUCAGCGAGCGUACGAACUAGCAGACGGAAUCGGCAACAAGCUGUGUUCUCUGAAGGUACACUGCCUGUCAGAGGGCAUCUACCGUAGCAGGGAGCAGCAGGAUGAGCUCCGAGAGCAGGUGGUGAAGUUCCUGCAAUGUGUAGAAGAGCUGGAGCUCUACUGUGGCAUGUGUGGCGAGUCAAUCGGGGAGAGGAACCAGCAGCUCCAGGCUUUGCCUUGCUCCCACAUCUUUCACCUCAAGUGCCUGCAGACGAAUGGGACACAGGGAUGCCCGAAAUGUCGCCGUUCAUCCAUGAAGCCAGGUUUUGUAUGACGCGGUUGUGAAGUUCUACUUUGGACUAAGCGAAAU